AUGAAUUUGGAUGAAUGGGGUAGGUUAAAUUAUGGAAAUGUGAUGUUGCAUGAGAUAGUUGAUAAGAGAAGAAGUGAUGACAUUGCUCCAAAUUGUUUGAUGAAGUUUCGUGAGGUGGCAAAUAGUUUUUUGAGAAUCAAAGGGAGCAAACAUUCGAAGAUGGAUAAAUUUGUUUGGGGCUUAGAGUUUGUGUUGCAGUUACAGGAGGUGGCUGAGAAGAAAGAUGGUGAGGUGGCAGGUAAGAUGAAAGGUGGCAGUGGCAUGUUGAGAAAUCAAGAAUUUAUGUUUUCGGUGAAAGGAGAGGAUGUAAGUGUAGUUGAGGAGAAUGAUUAUGAGUUAGAGGGGUCUAUUGGAGUGGGAAUACAACAUUGA